ACCAGGGAUGCUCCAGGUUUGCUUGAUGUGACCCCACUGAUGUGCGCCAACACCUGGUGGGCGGGCGUCACACCUCCCCAUUAUUACUUGUCUGCUCUGUGCCCAGGGCUCAGCUAUUCCCCCUCCUCCAAACUGGGGGUCUUCAAGUGCCCCUCACCUGCACCACCCCUUCUAACCUCUACCAGCUCUCCAUUCACCCCUGUGUCCCUAGCUACCGUCUCACCGCCCCGGGUGCUCUGCACCAGAACAGGUCCUGUUCCCCUGGGCGCUGUCUCUUCAUCUCCCACUUGGGGUGUUUAGAAAGGUGCCCGCAACUCAUUAAAAUUGCCCAACGUACUGAUGGGCCAGAACCUGCAGUUAGAUAAGAGAGGAAUGGAAGAGAAUGAGGUGAGAUCAAGUUGAGAGAUCAUUGUGCUACUUUAGACUUAAGGUAUCAAAACUCCAGAAACAUCAUUAAUUUGGAACAGGUCAUGUCCCAGAUAUUCUGGUGAAACAUUUUAUACUGUGUAGUUCUAGACAGCUGGAGCCUAGGGUUUGAGGGAAAGGGUGAAAGGAGGUGGGAAGCAGUACGAAAUGAGACGGGAGACAUAAACACGAGGUCAGAUGAUGGGCUAAGGAGUUUGGACUUUAUCCUGAAUUAUCAAAGAAUUUUCAGCUGGGGAGUGGCAUGGUUCAUCUUAGGUUCCAGAACUGGCUGGAAAAUGAAUUGGAAAGGGUGAGACUGGAAGCACAGAGAGCAUUUAGAGGCUCCUUGCAGUGAGCUAGACAGGAGGUGAAAUAAAGCAGUGGCAGUGAAAAUGAAGAGAAGAGAACGGAUUUCAGACAUAACAAAACUAGUGGAGCUGUUUCGGAGAAUCAGAAAAUUCUAAUUUAUCGGAUUUAUUACAUCUUAACCUGGCAUACAACUCACUAUGUACUUCUCUACCAACUCACCCAGAGGAUUCUUAGUUGUAGUCCUCAGAGAUCAUCACAGUACCUCAUAGCCGAAGUUUUAAGAAUUGGUUCUUUUUUUCUUUAGCCUUGCCACAUGGCAUGUGGGAUCUUAGUUCCCCGACCAGGGAUCAAACCUGUGCCCCCUGCAGUGGAAGCGCAGAGUCCUAACCACUGACCUGCCAGGGAAUUCCCUAGAGUUGGUUCUAGAACCCAACGAGAUCCAACUAAAGCACUGUUUUAGGGCAGUCCUGUCUGUGUUACAUCCAGGCUAUAUACAGACUCUCUUGAUUCAGAUCUAAAAUUUCAAAUGUUAAUUGUCAUGCAGGCACUCUGAAGUCUGCUCAUAUCACUAGGAUGAGGUGGAAUAGCAGUCCCCCGUCCCCUACCCUUUGGAUGGUUGUAUCUGUGUAAUGUUUACAAAAUGUUAAAAAAAAAAUGGGAGAAAAAACUUCUUGAGUUUCAAAAACAAAGACCAGUACCAUAAAAAGCUCUAGAUUUUAGACAGUUGUUAGGAUUGCCCAUUGAUUAUUAGGUAGUCUUUAAUUUUAUUUCUGUUGUGGGGAUUAUGCAAUGUGUUCUUCUGCCUGCUGUUUACCAUUGCAAAAACUCCCUUCAGUGUUCAAAAUGAAUGCUUAAUGACUCUGUACCUCGUGUGCUGCAUAUGUUACAAAUUAUCUGGGGUUUGUAAUCUAAGUGGCGUCUCCCCCCUAUUGUUCUGAAUAAUUGAAAAAUGUCUUCAUAUUGGAAUAAGGCAUGUAUUUAAAUCUGUAUAAUUCUUACCUAUUCGUAGUUGAGAGAGUCCUUGAGAGCCAAUGGAAAUACUUUUUUUUCUUGGCACCAAUCAAGUGAGUGUUACCUUGUCACUUAGUGGGUGGGAUGUGGUGUUAUUUCUUAGUAAAAUACAGACCUGUGUUUAUUCUCAGACAUCUUAGGAAUAACAGCCAUCAUCUUUUUAUAUAUGUGUUCUUGGCUGUAUUCAUAAAUUACAUUUUUUGAGCUACCAAAUAAUACUUCAUCAAUAUAAAGUGAUACAGUAGAAUGGAAGUUAUUUACCUAGAUAUGUUUUCUAGUUGCAUUUUCUCAGCCUGUGUAAGAUGACUUUGUUGUAAUAGCCUGAAUUUUUGAAACUCACAAUGUUGUUUCUCUCCUAUCUACCUUCAGAUUACUUCAUUUAUCCAAAAAGUCAAUUAUGUUUGUACUUGAUAUUAAUAAAACCAGAAUAAAGUUCAUACCUACCAAAACCUGCUUUUAUCAUUAUUAUUUAAAAUUUACAAAUACUUUUCUCUAAAUGGAUAGAGCUGGUUUAUGAUUUAGAAAGAAGAGUGUGAUAGGUCAAAAAGUACCUUGACCUUAUAUUUGACCUCUCAACUGCCACAUACAGUCUUAAGGAGUUUUCAUUUAUUCAUUCAUUUAGUGAAAAUCUAUUGAGCCACUUCUGGGUGCCAGGUACUGGGAAUACUUCAAUGAAUAAAACUGAAAAAAAACCCCACCUGUCUUCAAAGAGCUUAUAUUCUGGUAGAAAACAGUAUAUUUUAAAUAUGUUAAUUCAAAACAACACAAUUAGAAAACCGCUCAAAUAUGAUAUUCCUUUAUAUCAGCCUCAUUGACCUUAGAAAGUUUGAGCUCUCUACCUUUCACUAUGCAUAAGAAAUAGAAAUUCAUUUGCCUUGGCUUUAUUAAGAAUGAUUUACAUGAUUUCAUGUUACACCUUCUUAUUGUGAUACGUUCAGUUGUCACUUUUACCCCUCCAAGCAGCAAAGUGCCAUAUUGUUGGUAUUCAUGCAGUCAUUAGAUAAUAAGCACGUCUGUGCUGAUCCUGAAGGUGCAGUUUUCAGCAGAAAUAGGUAAUGUUCCUUCUCUUUUGUGCAAACUAGGAAACAUGGUUAAUAGUUGGGCUUGAGAAAUUAGAGUUGUGCCAAUUUUAGAACAAUAUAAAAUAUUUUUAAUAUAUAUUACGUAAACCACAUUACAAAAUUAAGAGUAAAAAGCAAGGGAAGAAUUUUACCUUCUCCACUGUAGCAUAACUACAUAUCUGUGAAAUGUUAUUUUUCAAGAAGUGCUGAAUCUGAUUUUAAUUCCAGUAAAAUUUCCAUGCACCAAAAAUGAGAGGUCUACAUGCUUUUUGUUUUAUUGAACUCCAAGAAAAUAUAAAGGUCAUUCAUACUUCUUAUUUGAUUCAUGCCUGCCACCUGCUUCUUGCAAACAGGUUGCCCAGUGAGUGAGACCAAAUCCUCACUCUGGAUGGGUAGUUAGGAUUCCUUUUUUCUCCCUUGUUUAUGUAUCAAUGUGUUAGUCACCAUAUUCUUGCUAAGACUAUAAACCUUUGAAAAUGGUUAAAUGGUUGGCUUUUAACUAUAAAAGAAUAAAUAUGAAGUUGAAGCUGUGAUGACAAAGCCAGGCGUUUAUGAAACUUGAAUAAUGUGUGGCAAAAACAUGUUUGUAUAACAAUGUUACUUAACAUGUAACAAACCUAAAUCUAAACUUUUACUUAUAGAUUUCACAUGUUAUUAAACAAAACCAACUUUAUACAGUAUUUUUUAAGUGCUAAUAAAACUAAAAAACAGAAAAAUUAAGUGAGCAUUCUUUUAAUAUUGGAUGGUGUAGUUCAGCUGAAACUUACUUGCUUUUCCAAACAAGGUUCUUAUACUGACUGCUACAGUAAGGUUCUUUUGAGUUUGUUAUUCUUACCAUGUGCUUAGUGAUAAAACUUUGCUGCUACUUUUUCUCUACUUGAACUGACCUUUACAUAAGGCACCCUGGUCUCCAAAUGGUCGGACUAUCAUUUUUGUAAUAAUAACAAAUAGUUAACAUUUACUGAGUACAGGCUAUUAAGCAAACACUGUUUUAAAUGCUCUGCUUGAAUUUUUUCAUUUAACACAACAAAUCUAUGAUGGAGGUACUGUUUUUAGCUCCACUUUACAGAUGGAGAAAUUGAGGCAGAGAGAGAUUAAUUUGUCUAAUGUCACAAAGCUAGCAGGUGGUGAAGCCAGACUAAGGAGUGUGACUCCAUGCUCUUAACCACUUGAUUAUACUGUCACCUUGUGAAUUAUCAGCCCACCUUUAUUAAAAUUUGACAGUUGAACUAAUAUUUUGGCAACAAUGAAAUCAUAAAGUCAUAAAUGCCAAAAAUACCAAAAUCACAUAGCAACACCCAGAUGGACAUCAUUGUGCUCAUACAUGCUUCUUGUCAUAGAAAUGAAAACACAAAUUUAAAAAAUUCUUGCAGAUAAUUCAUGGUGUCCUAAGAUUGUAAACACAGUGAGAAACAUUGAUUUGGAAGUCCCAAGGAAGAAUUUAAAACAAAUGUUGAAACAUAAGACUUUUAUUGUAGAAGCCUCAUUCAGUCAUUCAUUCAAGCCUUUAUGUACAUGAUGGUAUUUAUUGGACUACCAACUGCUCUUAAAGGAAGUAAGUUUGACAUUAUAGAAGGAGAAACAUUUACAAAGUAGAAUUACUUUUUGACAGUAAAAGUGGGUAAGGAUGUGGCUUACCAAAGGAGGCCACGGAGUGUCCAUUAUGCCUGCCAUUGUUCACCUGAUGUGUAAGUGAUUUGGAUACUCUUCUUAGAGAUGAUGAGACACUGUCUUGUAUAAUAUAGAUAUACAAAGAAGGGAAUAUGCAUAUGAAGAAAGCUAAAAAUAGAAUCAGAAAAUGAGAAAUCAGAGUACAGGGAGUAUAGCAGGUAAAUAUGGUUACUUCAGCUAAAUAGUAAAACGAGCUAUGAACUUCCCGGCAACCAUGGCAAAAAGGUAAAUACAGUGACUUUCUGUACUUUUCAAUGUCUGCAGGAGAGAAGCAUACCAGGUCCUAGUUUUGAAAGCUAAGAUGAAUUUGCAUUAAGGACACUCUGAUAGUGACCUUGGAUAAGCUCUUACCUUUCUCUUAGUUCUCUUUUCUUUUACAUAGCGAUGCAUCACAUAUCUUCUGUGAUAUGUAAUAUACUGCCCGGACCCCUCCUCCAGGAAUGAGACACUGGUGCAUCUCCACCAGCUGCCUGGAGCACUGAUUGGUGAUGGCUUCUGGUUGGAUUUCUCCCAGGAAUUUCCCGUUGCCCAAGGUUAGGCUCCCUCUCCAGUGGCAUCCAGGACCCAGUGAUUGGUCAGUGCUGAAAUACAAAGGUACAGCCUCCUUGCCUCAAUCCAGGGCAACUCUGAAGGGUCAUCCAGGUUCCAUACUUCACUUUAGGAUUAACCGAGGCCUCUGCUGCAACCGUGAGUUACUUCAACUCGUCUCUCUACCCCAUCCUGCUCCUCGUUUGCUCACAAGUGCUGUUCUGAAGAGCCCUCUGCUCUAAGCCUCCUGCACGGUCUCCUCAGCGUCUGUUUCCUGGGACCCUCUCUUUUAGCCUUAUUGUAAAAAUUAGAAAUAAUAAGUGUAAACUGCUUACCCCAAAUCUGAGCACAUGGUAGGCACUGAGAAAAUGGUAGUUAUGGUUUACUUUCUUUGCAUGGGACAUUGAGCCACCUGUGGAAAUGUUUUGAUUUUUGUAGAGGGUACAGACAUUUUUUCAUAUGGUGAUUGCUUUUAGCAGUCCUCAUAAAGGUAAGAGUAAAAUAUAAAAAUGCUACCAAAUGAGCUAUAAAAAGUGUUAUGAUUACCUGAAUUUCUUUCUAACAACUUCCUAAAUAAGUUCAGGUUGCCCAAGGACAGGCGCCUAAACUUAAAACAGGCUUAUUUUCAGAUUUUUCAUAGAAAGUUUAUAUGUCAGGAUGUGAAGAUGUAUUCUUUUCAUGCAUUUAUGACCUAUAGUUUAUACCAUGUAAAUGCAAAAAAAAAUCUUUUUUAAACCCUUUUAAAGUAAGUUAAUAUUUACCAGGUUUUAACAGUCGACUGAAUCUUGACUUAAUGCUUGUACCCAGAUAUCUUGAUGGAGGAUUUCUAAUAACCUUACUUUUUAGAUGAUUUUAUCUUAGAUGUCCAAAUUACUUUUUUUCACAACCAAAUACAUAAAACUUACUAAUGGGAAAAAAAUCUGUAUUGUAAGUUAUCUUUGCAUCAUAGAUGGGUAGUUUUUAGUAACAAAAUAACUACAAAACAGAGAAUCACAUGGUCACCAUAUGAAAGGAAUCAAGUGACCUAUUUCAGGGGUGAGCCUGCUCUGCAUAAACAUUGGUCUCAUGAGUAUAAGAAAGUACCUUGCUGUUUGGGAAGCCAUACAAUGUUGUAACGAUAAAGGUCCGUGAGGAUUUUUGGAAUGUGUGUGUAUGUGUGCACGUGUAAUGCCUAACCUUUAGACACCGCUGAUAACAGAACAGUCAUUGCGUGAUGCACGGUGUUUGUAUGGCAGGACUUUAAAGAUGAAUGGCUGUCACUGCUAUCCUAGAUAUAUUUUAGGUAAUUCUCUUGAGUGUGUUUUCUAGUUCUCACAUACUAAUAAAAGUUACCAUUUUAAUAUCAUCCAAAUACUACUUCUAGGUGGUGCCGUGGGAUGGGAAGUACUGAGAAAAGAUUCAACAGAGAUGCUAAUGUAGCAACGUCAGAGCUGGUUCGAUGCCCAGAACUGAAUGCUGUGCUCCAGCUGUGGCCUCACCGGUGCUGAAUAGAGAGGAAGAGCCACCUUCAUAGCUUACAUGAGCUGGAGUCAGAUGGCAGCACUAUGGAGGAGUAUUCACAGGAGGACUGGGGAAACCACAGUCAGGAUCUCCACGGCUAUCCAACAGAUCAGGAAUUGGAUGAAAUACCUGUCACAAAGAGAACAUUAAAAAUAAAACAAGAGUCUUCUGAAGAAGCACAGAAAAGAGACAUCAUGCAGAAUAUCAUACAGAUUUUGGAAUCAGUACAGUUGAAAUGGGAACUGUUUCAGAGCUGGACAGACUUUUCAAGGCUUCAUCUCUCUAAUAAACUGGCCAUUUUUGGAAUUGGUUAUAACACCCGUUGGAAAGAGGAUAUCCGUUACCAUUAUGCUGAGAUCAGCUCCCAGGUGCCCCUUGGCAAGCGACUCCGGGAGUACUUCAAUUCUGAGAAGCCUGAGGGACGGAUCAUCAUGACCCGAGUGCAGAAAAUGAACUGGAAAAACGUUUACUACAAGUUUUUGGAGAUCACUAUUAGUGAGGCGCGGUGCCUGGAGCUGCACAUGGAAGUUGACUGGAUACCCAUUGCCCACUCCAAACCAACCGGUGGGAACGUUGUUCAGUAUUUAUUGCCGGGAGGCAUUCCCAAAAGCCCAGGCCUUUAUGCCAUUGGCUACGAAGAGUGUAUUGAGAGGCCCCCCUCACCCCACAUGGAGCGACAUUCCCUGGACCCAGGAAAGGAGGGCCGGGUUGACUUGGAAACCCUUUCAGCACAAGCCUCACUACAGGUGGAAGUAGAACCUACCCGAAUUAUCUAUUGCUACCUCGGGAUCGCUGAGGUCAGGACUCUGCAGCAAUGCUUAUUUUUACAUUUCCAAGCAAAUACCAAAACCUUCAGCAAAGAUUGGGUCGGUAUUAAUGGGUUCUUGUCUCAGAACUGUAUUGUGGAUCCUGGAGUUUCCCCCAAAUCCAUCUAUAUCAAAUUUGUAGAAGUAGAGAGGGAUUUUCUUUCCGCUGGCUCUUUAGUUGAGUGCCUGGAAAAAGCCAUUGGCUACCCCUUAAAAUUUAACAACUGAAUGUCAUCCUUCAUAAGGAUUUGGGCUCUUACCUCUCUCUUCUCUACUCACAUCCUGUUACCCAGACUGUCCCUCAUCCGGAUGCUGCCAUCAGACUUCAUGGAAACUCUUUCCACGAUCGAGCCAGUACAACUAAGAAAUCAUAGUAGACUUUGGGCAGAAAAAACAGACCUCACCUGAAAAUGCUCAUUUUGAGCCAGCAAGCUAUACAGCGGACUUGCAUGGUGGGUCAGUUGUUUCUUUUUUAAAAACAAAAAUCAAUUUUUAAAUGGAUUUUAGAGCCCUGAUGUAAACAAAUGUAGGUACAUUCCAUAUUGGACAAAACUUAUACUUUGAGUUUCAUAUGAAAUUGAAAAAUUGUAUUUUUUUCACGAUGUUUCAUUUUUACACAUCUCUAUGUCUCUAUAUAAGUAUUAUUUACAACCUUGAAUAAAUAAGCAAUAGAUAAUGGCAAGUUAAAUCUUGAGUCACAGUAAAUAAGACUGUUUUUCAAUAUUACCCUUAGCUACUAUUGUAUAUAAUUUAGAGUUUCAUUUUUUUCACCAAUCAAGUGUUUUGCUAUUCCCAAUCAGUGUUGCCUGCAAAGACCUUUGUUUCUGUGAUGUACCAACUUUAUGGUUGUGCUGCCAUUUAAACUUUUUUUUAAAAAAUCAUUAAAGUAAUUCCUGGCC